CGAUAGACCUGAGUAUGUCGCAAGAACCCAGCAAAAUUUGCAUUGCUCUCCACAGAGGUGAGCACUUGCCCCAGGGUCAAGAGGGUCAUGGGAAGCCGCUUGGUCACAUAAUACGAGGAAUUGGCGAUUGAAUCCGGUGCAAUGACGCCCAAAUCCGUCCCUGCAAACAUGGGCAACACAACCAGACUUGACAUCUUCGUACACAGGAAAUGUGCUAUGGUUUCCACGAGUUCGCGCAGGAUUGACGUGCCGGCAUUUGCUCCAGAGGUCCUUAGUUUUUCAAUCUUUUGGUAGUCAUCGAUGCCAACAAAGAUGCACUGCAUCCUUUGUACUUGCACGCUCUGACGCAACUUGCGCUCGAUAAUUUUAAUGCAGUUACGAAAAGUCAGCUGACUUCCAUUACAAGGUAGCCGUGACUCGAACCACGUGACGAAAUCAAACGCGCAGUUAUUGUCCAGAAAAAAACGAUACAAAAGCCGCCACGAGAAAGACGCCUCAAUCGGCAUCGACCGCUCGACUGGUAUUGGCUUAUAUCCAUUGUAGUACGGAACAAUCAGGCGAAUAACGUACUUGGGGUCCACUUUCAUCUCUUCAAGAAUCGUGCCACUUUCCUCCAGCAUACGCGUUUUCCCCAAACCCGAAAUUCCAGAGCAAACAGGUAUAGGACGGUGUGUGCGGUCUGAGCCUGUACCACGAUUAGCCUCGAUGAUUCGGUUGAAGCAAUCCGCUGCGGUCUUAAUUGCCUCUUCUCUUCCAACCAAUCGAAACUGUAAACUUUCGGCACCUAAAAUGUUACGGUUUACCACAAUUUCUUCCUUGUUGGCCAUUUCACUUUCCAGGAACGCGAGGAGAUCAUCACACGAAGUCGUAUCCACAGCACGUCCCUUCGGCACAUCCACCCUGUCGUGCUCGACAUCUCCCCCCUUCGGAAGCACCACCAGCACGUGAACCGGGGUCCGGUAAGACUCGACCAUGUCUAUCGUGAUUUCGACCAGCACGCUCGUCUCCGUCAAUCCAUACAACUUGAGCGGUGCCCCCGCAGCUUUUAGAAGCGUCAAUCCAGCCGUACCCACCCUGUUCUCCACGUCUGCCUCAGUCAGCCACUCGCGCUCCCUCUUCGCCAAAAAGAGCUGCAGCUUGUCUGCGUCGAUGUCCUUGAGGUCGUUCGUCUUCUCCUUCUUGAUCGCCUUCUUCAAGUCGUCCACCGUGUCGCUCUCGUCCGCUCGCACCGAGAACGCGGGGCCUGCCCCACCAUCGAUCGCGCAGAAGAGCUUCAUCUUCCCUCGAGGCGGCAAGUUCUGGGAUGAAGAAAGGGAAGAGAACUCGCCAUCGUACCUAAACGGGAUCUGCCCUUCCGGAAUGUAUUUUCGGCCAAUAAAACUCGUUGUCAAAUUGAUUGUUGACGACUCAGCUGAGCCCACGUCGUCGGUGCCGCCGCCGUCGCCCGACUCCCCGGCGCUGUCGUUGUCUCCGUCGUCGUCGCUGCUGGCCAAGCUGGCGAGGCGCUACCGCCGCAAUCACAUGUUCGCCAUCUACCAGAGCGUGGGCUGGACGCUGUACGCGCUGUUCGUGGCGCUGCAGCUCGUGUGCUUCGGGUCCGACGGCGUGCGCGGUCUGCCGUUCUGCCGACCGGGGAGCCGCUCGGUGCAGGCGGUGGCGGCGUUCAUCGCCGAGGUGCUCAUCAUCUCGUCGGUGCUGACGCUCGAGAAGCGUCGGGACCGCAACCGUCAGCGUCGGAAGGACCGGUUCGUGGUGCAGCUGAACAACUUCAACAACAUGCUGCUGCUGGUGGGCGCGACGCUGUUGGCUUUGGCGUCCGAGUACACGCGCAUGUUCCCGCAUCCAUCGGGCAGCAGCGUGGGGUAUCCGAUGGCGACGGGACUGGGUUCACUUGCGCUAUUCGUGACAGCGCUCUUCAACACGUACGGUCUGGGCGGUGUGCUAUCCACGAAGGACGGCUGGAACUUCUAUCAGCCGGUCAUGGCUUCGUAUUGUUCCAGAUCGUGUCGUGGUCCUGCUUCGCCGCUGGAAUAGGGUUGCAAUUGCUGUACUUGCUCUCGUUGGUGGUUGUGGAGCUGGAGCUGUUCGUGGGGAUCAUGGCCGUGGCAGGGUUCCUGUUCGUGGUGGCGGAGAUCGACAUGAUGGUGUCGUUGCUGGUGUUCAGGAAGUCUUCAGGUGGUGCCGGUCGUGGUUCUGAGCUUUUGAAUGAGGCAGACGCCUGCAUUGAUGACGAUGAACAGGCUGCAGCGAAGUCAUCACACUUCCACAAGCGCCUGCAUCGAUUCGCUGGUGACUGCCGUGGAGUACUGGUUAUCGGGGGACUGGUCAACAACUUUCUCAUCCCGAACGCCACAGUAUUCUUGCUUUUCGCGAUAACAACGAACUUGGGUCGGUACGAUGUGGCUCUGUACGGCUUUUUGGCGUGGGCCGUCGAGGCAGCGAUGAUGACAGCUCGCUCAAUCUCGACCGUCCUGUACUUGAAAGACUCCCACAAUGGUCUGCGGAAGGAGGUGAAUCGAUGGGAUGUCAAGUAUGUGCUGCCCCAGAUCGUCACGGGCUGCCUUCCAGCUGUAGCCACGUAUCGCCACUACAUUUACGACAUGGAGGCGUUCGUCCCUGUACUUAUUGUCUCAAUCGCAGCAUACUGCUACGAGUUCACGUUCUUUGGCGACCCGCAAGAAACGGGAUGUCGCCAACGCGCUAGCUGGAUGAACGGGCACAGCUUUCUCAUCGAGACUACCAAGCGAUACUUCAGUGGGAACAUCAUUCGGAUGGCACCUUUGGACCCGAAGAAGCAGUACGUCUUGGGCUUCCACCCUCACGGAAUAACCCCCAUUUCGGUCAUGUGGCUUCAGUUCAACGCACAAUGGCGAAAACUGUUCCCGAACUUCUACGCGCACAUUCUGACGGCCAGUGUCAUGCACAAGCUGCCUCUUUCGCGAGACCUUCUUCAGUUUUUGGGCUCGCGCGAGGUUUCUCGACAAGCUUUCACGUACACAUUACAACAGAAGGAAAGCGUGCUGAUCGUACCCGGUGGCCAAGCCGAAAUGCUGGAGCAACAUUCAGGCAGGAACGAGGUGCGCGUCUACACUCAUCACAAGGGUUUCAUUCGCCUCGCCAUCCAGCACGGAGCGCCUUUGGUCCCUGUUCUCAGCUUCAACGAGGGCGAGAUGCUGGAUAACGUCGAAGCGCCGGCGCUACAGCGAUGGUCCGUGAAGAAGUUCGCGGUCCCGUUCCCGUUCUUCCCGUACGGCCGUGGUCUGCUACCGAUUCCACGCAAAGUGCACAUUCCUAUCGUGGUAGGCGAGCCUCUUGAAGUGCCGCAUAUCCCGAAUCCUUCAAAGGAGGACAUUGAAAAGGUGCACAGCAAAUACUUUGCAGCACUUGAGCAAAUGUUCGAGAGAUACAAAGACGAAGUCGGUUGUGGUGACUACAAGAUUGUCUUCAUAUAGAGACACCACAGACAAAUUUUACAAGCAAAAAUGACAUUACCCCACUUGCCUUUGUCCCGCCCAGCUUUAGUGCAGCCUGCGGAUUCCUGCCACCCUUGUCUACGGUUUGAACAGGCCAGCAAGAGCUUCAAAGCGACCGCGACGGUGGGUCUGUUCUGGGAAUUGCUUCCACGCUGCCUCCACCUUGCCCAACACCUUUGAGAGGUCCGACGGCACGGGCCGUUUGAACUGCUCUUCGUAUUGGUGCCAGAUGUUGGGAGGCACGAGCGCUGCAUACGCGAGCAGGAUGCAAGCUCGCCACUUGCUCAGGCUCUUUUCCCAUGAAGCAAAGAUCGUCUUAUCCCCCGGAGCCUCGCAAGCGCGUCCAGAAACUUCUUGAACUUCUUCGUAGGUCGACUCAAACGCCGCUUCACACGACACUGCGUUGUAGAAGGCAGCAUCGAACGGCGGGAGCGAGGAAUUCCAGCCCGUGAGUGCCGUCUUCAAA